AGAGAGAGAGAGAGAGAGAGAGAGAGAGUGAGUGAGAGGGGGGGGAGGAAGAGCAACACGAUCAAACACAAAUACACACAAACACACACAUGCAUGCAUGUUCGCUCACAAAGCUCAGAGUGCUCGGAGCAGGAGAGACGCUGUUCUGGAUUGUACACCUGUGAGGACUUAGUGGGAGGAGGGGAAGGGAACUUUGCACACAGAUUAGCCAGGAGCGCUCAGCGAAACGAUGCUCUCCCGCCCAGCUACGCACGCUCCACACUGGAUUUGGUAAUUCCCUCAGUUUACUCCCGCAAAAUUACUCAACGAGGCCGAGAAUCUCAGCCAGAGAAUGCUCUCACAAGUCUUAAGGAUUUUAUAUGUCUUGUCUUUUUGCUUUUUUCAAGACAGCUUCAUAAGACCAGCCUCCUGUAAAGAGGAGAUAAAGUCCGCCGGCAAAACUCCAAAGCACCAAAUGUCUCCGUCUGACUUCUUGGACAAGCUGAUGGGAAGAACCUCUGGGUAUGAUGCCCGCAUCAGGCCCAACUUCAAAGGUCCACCUGUUAAUGUCACCUGCAAUAUUUUCAUCAACAGCUUUGGGUCCAUCACAGAAACAACUAUGGACUACCGGCUGAAUGUGUUUCUACGGCAACACUGGAAUGACCCACGACUGGCCUACAGCGAGUACCCUGACAAUUCUCUGGACCUGGAUCCAUCCAUGUUAGACUCCAUUUGGAAGCCCGACCUGUUCUUUGCCAAUGAGAAAGGCGCCAACUUUCACGAGGUCACCACCGAGAACAAGCUUCUACGGAUCUUCCAGAACGGCAACGUGCUCUACAGCAUCAGGCUCACUCUGAUUCUGUCCUGUCCCAUGGACUUGAAGAAUUUCCCAAUGGACAUUCAGACCUGUUCCAUGCAGCUGGAAAGCUUUGGCUACACCAUGAACGACCUGAUUUUUGAGUGGCUGGAGACAGCCCCCGUUCAGGUUGCUGAUGAUCUGAUGCUCCCACAGUUUGUUCUGAAAGAAGAAAAAGACCUGGGCUACUGCACAAAGCACUACAACACAGGUAAAUUCACCUGCAUCGAGGUGAAGUUCCACCUGGAGAGACAGAUGGGCUACUACCUGAUCCAGAUGUACAUCCCCAGCCUGCUCAUCGUCAUCCUCUCCUGGGUGUCCUUCUGGAUCAACAUGGACGCCGCGCCGGCACGCGUGGGGCUGGGGAUCACCACGGUCCUGACCAUGACCACGCAGAGCUCCGGCUCACGGGCCUCUCUGCCCAAGGUGUCCUACGUGAAGGCCAUUGACAUCUGGAUGGCGGUUUGCCUGCUGUUCGUGUUCGCGGCGCUGCUGGAGUACGCGGCGGUCAACUUCGUCUCGCGGCAACACAAAGAGUUCAUCCGGCUGAGGAAGAAACACCGAAGACAGAGAAUAGAGGAGGAGCUUGUGCGAGAGAGCCGCGGUUUUUACUUCCGCGGCUACGGACUGGGGCACUGCCUGCAGAUGAAGGACGCGGGGGCCGUGGAGGGGGCCACCGUCUUCACCCAGCCGCCCCCGGUGGAGGUGCUGUACGACAGCGAGGCCGUGCGCAAGCGCUUCGUGGACCGCGCCAAGCGCAUCGACACCAUCUCCCGCGCGUUCUUCCCCCUCAGCUUCCUCAUCUUCAACAUCUUCUACUGGAUCACCUACAAAGUGCUGAGGCACGAGGACAUCCACGCCGCCACGUAAGAGGUCUCUCUCGGGCUCGCAGCGCCCGUCUUAAUGCUAUUUGCUCCUUUUACUUUUCCUUCUCUUUUCUUUUUCUUAGAACCAAAACUGCCUGUCAAAUCUAAAACUAAAAAAAAAAAAAAAAAAAAAAAAAUGUAAAAAAAAAUUGGAUAAAGCGUAUAUAUUAAAUGGGAUUUCGGGUGCAUAUUUCCUGCUACUGGGUAAACACAGUGCUGAUGUAUGCUAGACAAACUGAGCUCAGGUGUGACUUACAAGGUGUUGAGGCUAGGAGAACAGAACUCAAAAUCAAACAGAAGCCAUGGGUUUUGACACGUUUGAAACUGCUGUUUGUGAUAGUGUUUUCUUUCUUUUCUUCUCGUCUUAUUUCGGGGCGGAGUACAAAAAAAAAAUGCUGGACUCUACAUGGACUCUGCCGUUUGAGCCACCAGCUGGGAGUGGAGUUUCAAAUUUUGCUCUCAAACUGAUGGAAAAA